GCGAAAAAGCAAAUUUGAAAUCAUUUGUUUUCUUAGUACACUCGUGUUACAUAAGCCAAUAAAAACACUAUUCAACUCUCGUGGUGUGUUUUCUGAAAUUAAAUAUACCGUUCCGUGUAAACGUUCUUUUGCGUUCAUCUGUAUAAAAAGUAUUUUUGUGAAUCAAUUGUUCACAAAAUCACUUCAAUUGUUCACAAUCACUAUGGCUGCCUCCAGCAUACCUAAUCCUUCAACUUUACUUCCUUUAGAACUGAUCGACAAGUGUAUUGGCUCAAAAAUACAUAUAAUAAUGAAGAAUGACAAGGAAAUUGUCGGUACUUUGCUCGGAUUUGAUGAUUUUGUUAACAUGGUGUUAGAAGAUGUUACCGAAUAUGAAACUACUCCCGAAGGUCGACGAAUUACAAAACUGGAUCAGAUAUUGUUGAAUGGAAAUAAUAUUACUAUGAUGGUGCCUGGUGGUGAAAUGCCUGAUAUAUAAGUUUUAUUUUCACAUAAUUCAGAUUAUGCAUUAUCAAAUUUGGAAAAUUUUAUUGUCACCAUCUUCAAUUUUCAUCAUGUAAAGAUCAAACAUGAUCAUUUAACAUUUUUAAUUCCAAAAUUUGGAAUUUUUGUAAUUGUUAUGUUCAGUUUUCAUCAUGUAAAAAUCAAGCAUGGCCAUUAAUGUUUCUAUUGUAUAUCUGAUCUCCAAAGUCUUACUUGGUACUGUAAUACUGAUCAACAAUAAAGAUUCUUUUGACAUUUAUGAAAUUUCUAAUUUUCAUGGGUAAAGAAUUUUUUUUAAUAAAAAAAAAAUGUACUAACUGAUGUUAUUGGAGACUUUUUGUUCUGAAAUUCG